AUGGUAAACGAGCUCGAUCAAAAGGUUUUGCGUGAUCUUUAUGCAUGGGUUGAUUCUAUUCCGUUAUCGCGGCCGAAAAGAAACAUAAAUCGUGAUUUUUCUGAUGGAGUACUGGUUGCAGAAGUCAUCAGGCAUUUUUUUCCUAAAUACGUUGAUAUUCACAACUUUCAAGGGUGCAGUAAAAUUGAUGGUAAACGGAACAAUUGGCAGUUGCUGAAUUGGAAGGUUUUUUCCAAGUUUUCAUUUAAACUCACUGAUGAUGUUGUUGAAUCUCUAGUCAAUGCCCAACCUGGAACAAUUGAAAAGCUGCUUUUACUUCUGCGUUCGAAGUUUCGUGAACAUGAAAGUGGUCUUGAUUCUAACGACAAUGGUUUACCGAAUCCUCCUUCUCGAGUAGUCUUACCGAGUUUGAUUACGCCCGCAUCCAAUUUGCAGCGCCUUCGCAGGAUCCCUUCUGUGCGCAAUGAUACUUCUACCAACGAAAAAUCUCUCCCAGUUUUUGUGAAGAAAGGUUCACAAGUUUUGAUGCCUUCCAAUAAAGCAUUUUCAAUCUCAAAGUCUUUAAACCGCCUAUCCUGGCGGCAACCCAACGCCACUAAUGGGCCUCGUGAUAUUGCUGCUCAAGAUAUGCUUCAAGUCUACGAGCAGAAAGUACAAGAGUGUCUUGAACUUCAGGAAACGGUUGAUAUCCUUAAUGCCAAACUUCGCCGCAUGCAGCAUUUACUUCAACUGAAGGACAUGCGAAUAAAUGAGCUUCAAUCAAGACUGGAAUAUUUUUCAGUGACGUGA